UACCAGCAUGGGGAGAGAGAGGAGUCUGCUGGAACAGAUCAUCCCAGCUCUGCUCUUAGCCCAGGCCACAACACCCACCUCAUUGGGGACUGGCAGGGACCCCUCGGUGGUCCAGCCUUAUCUUUGUUAACAGCAGCUAAGAUCUGCCUUAGCAUUCAAACAACACUGCUUCCGAUUUACAUUCUAGCAUCUGCCAGGAGAGCAGAUCGCCCUCACAUCUCUCUCCGUCUCUGGGAGGAUAUCAGCUCCAAUUGCACAGCACUCAGGCCACCGUUUAUCUGUCAUUUCACGUGCCAUGGAACUUUGGACAGGUCUGGAGAAGAGCAACUCUUGCUCGCAGCUUCAAUUCAAUCGCUGACAACUUAAAAGCCUCCAGGGUCACAAGGACCACUUAGAAGGCAAUCGGAGUAAAUAAAUGCCUGCAUCUUCAUGGGAAGGAAAAUAGCUUGGACAGGCAGCUGCACCAGGAUUAUUUCCAGCAGAGUGAUCGCUUCCCCAUCUACCUGCCAGCCACAGCGUUAAUAUACAUUAGGGGCUUUUAGCCUUUGGACUUGAAGACAGCUGUCUGCAGGUAACUGACUCCUAUCUUCACUUCCAUCUGUGGUCCUUGAAGGCUGUUUUCUGCAGGGUGAAAUAACAUACAGCCGAGAGAGAGCAGGGAUUGUUUUUUUAGAGGCUGUAAAUUCGUGGGCACCGGCAAAAAAUCAGAGUGAUGCUGUUAUAGUGACAGGGACCUUUGUGUCUAACGCAGCCCUGUCUGCUCAGCUGCAUGGAAUCUGUCUGCACGUCUGACGACAGCUUCUCACCGCGACAUCUUCACAGUUAAGUGCAUCUAUUAUUAUGCUCUGGGGCUGAAAAAAUCCAUAAUUGCAGAGAGAUGGAGCUGGGUCCAUGCACUUCUGUACCCUGCCACCCUAAGAAUGCCAUGGAUCAUGCCAAUGCCACCUUUGAAGUCCUCGCUGACACCAGUGAUGUCUUGGUCACCUACUCCCUGGGGUGCAUCCUGGCCGUGAUGUGCCUGGUGGGCAUAGUUGGCAACAUCUACACAUUGGUGGUUGUGAACCUCUCCAUGACGUUCACUGGCUCGAUGUACAUUUAUAUCGUCAACCUGGCACUGGCAGAUCUCCUGUACCUGUCGACCAUCCCCUUCGUGGUCUGCACGUAUUUCGUGAAGGACUGGUACUUUGGAGAUGUGGGUUGCAGGGUCCUGUUCAGCCUGGACCUCCUCACCAUGCACGCCAGCAUCUUCAUCCUCACCAUCAUGAGCACCGAAAGGUACCUAGCCGUAGUCAAACCAUUAGACACUAUUGGGAGAUCCAGAGACUACCGGAGGACUGUCACCUGCCUGGUGUGGCUGGUGUCCUUUCUUCUUGCCCUCCCUACUAUGAUCCUCAUAGACCUCAGGACGAGUGACCAGGGCGGGGUGACCAAGCGCAUGUGCCAUCCCACUUGGCAGAUGGAGACCUACAAAGUGUACCUCACCAUCCUUUUUAACACCUGCAUCCUGGCCCCUGGGCUUGUCAUCUGCUACUUAUACAUUAAGUUGGCCAAGACAUACUGGAGAUCUCAGACUGCUGUUUUCACCACCAGGGAAAUGAACCGGUGCCCCAAGCAGAAAGUCCUGUACAUGAUAUUCAGCAUCGUCCUCACCUACUGGGCUUGUUUCAUACCCUUCUGGCUCUGGCAGCUGCUCAGUAUCUACUACAAGCAGCCAGGGAACCUCACCAACACCACCAUGGUCUACAUCAAUUUCAUCGUGACCUGCUUGGCCUACAGCAACAGCUGCAUUAACCCUUUCCUUUACACGUUGCUCUCCAAGAAUUACAAAGAGUAUCUGAGGAGUCGCCAGAAGAAUUGCAUCAACCUCUCCACGUUAAAGCCCAAGAGGCGCUCCUCGAGGAGGUCCAUGUUCUCUGGAAGCCACACCUACAUGGAAUCCAUAGCCAUCGCUCAGAUCACAGGGCUCACUAAUGAGGAUGUCUGCACUCUGUGA